GCCGGGCGAGGGCGCGGGCGAUGCCGCGGUGACGGCCCCGCCAUGGCGAAGCCCCCGGCGGCGGCGGCGGCGGCGGCGUCGGAGGAGCUGAGCCAGGUGCCGGACGAGGAGCUGCUGCGCUGGAGCAAGGAGGAGCUGGCGCGGCGGCUGCGGCGCGCCGAGGGCGAGAAGGUGGGCCUCAUGCUGGAGCACGGCGGCCUGAUGCGCGACGUGAACCGGCGGCUGCAGCAGCACCUGCUGGAGAUCCGCGGCCUCAAGGACGUGAACCAGCGGCUGCAGGACGACAACCAGGAGCUACGCGAGCUCUGCUGCUUCCUCGACGACGACCGGCAGAAGGGGCGCAAGCUGGCGCGCGAGUGGCAGCGCUUCGGGCGCCACGCGGCCGGCGCCGUGUGGCACGAGGUGGCCCGCUCGCAGCAGAAACUGCGCGAGCUCGAGGCGCGCCAGGAGGCCCUGCUGCGCGAGAACCUGGAGCUCAAGGAGCUGGUGCUGAUGCUGGACGAGGAGCGCGCGGCGCUGGCGGGGGGUGGGGGCGGCGCGGGCGGCGGCGGCGGCGGCGGCGGCGGCGCGGGCUCCCGCAGCUCCAUCGACAGCCAGGCCAGCCUGAGCGGGCCGCUGGCCGGCGGUGCGGCGGGCGCGGGAGCCCGCGACGUGGGCGACGGCAGCAGCACGUCGAGCGCGGGUAGCGGAGGCAGCCCGGACCACCACCACCAAGUCCCGCCCCCCCUGCUGCCCCCCGGGCCGCACAAGGCCCCCGACGGCAAGGCAGUAGCCACGCGCCGGUCCCUGGACGACUUGUCCGCGCCACCGCACCACCGAAGCAUCCCCAACGGCCUGCACGAUCCCUCGUCCACCUACAUCAGGCAGCUGGAGACCAAGGUGAGGCUGCUGGAGGGUGACAAGGCCCUCGCGCAGCAGGCAGGCUCUGGAGAGUUCCGGACUCUGCGGAAAGGCUUCUCCCCGUACCACUCGGAGUCCCAGCUGGCGAGCCUGCCGCCCUCCUACCAGGACUCCCUGCAGAACGGCCCAGCUUGCCUGGUACCGGAGCUGUCCUCGCCCCCCUCCGCCGGCUACAGCUCUGCGGGACAGAAGCCAGAGGCUGUUGUGCAUGCCAUGAAGGUCUUGGAGGUGCACGAGAACUUGGACCGGCAGCUCCAGGACAGCUGUGAGGAGGACCUGAGUGAGAAGGAGAAGGCCAUCGUCCGCGAGAUGUGCAACGUGGUCUGGCGAAAACUGGGAGACGCGGCCAGCUCCAAGCCCUCCAUCCGGCAGCACCUGUCUGGGAACCAGUUCAAGGGGCCUUUGUAGGGCCGCGCCUCCGUGGACGUGGACUGGCCCCGCGGGGCGCCCAGGACGAGUCGCAGCCACCACGUUCGUUUCCUGUGGUGAAUUGUACAUAGGCCGCCGCCCGCCGUGGCCCGGGCACCCUCCGUCUCCCUCCUCACACACCAGCACACGGAAGACGAGAGGCUGCUGGCCGGGCCCCACGGCGGAGCGGCCCCGACAGCCUCGUUCCUGCUCUGGGGCCCCACUGCCGAGAGGCCGAAGGCUACUCUGGGACGCCGGGUCCUGGGUCACCCCAGGCUGGGCCCGGCCUUGGCGGAGGGGAGCCUUUCACCCCCUGGCUGCCACCCGCGCUGGGCAGAGGCCACUGGCAGCGAGACCUGAUGCAGGGGGCACCGCUUCUCACCCCUCCGCUGUGGCCUGAACACCAGCUCACCGAGCACUGCGUCCCAAGUCGCGGACAGGGAAGCUUGGUGUGUGUGGCCGGCUGGAGGCCCCGAGGCCCUUCCUUUGGCAACCCCCCUCCCCCACCCCCAUGCCCAGCUCCCUGCUGCAAGCUGCUGCUUGGUUUCAGGGUUCUUGCCCCCAGCCCCAAACACACACACUCGCUGCAGAGUUCCCCCACCCCGGGCCAGGUCGUGCCCUAGGUUUUCGGGUCCCUCCUGCCCAGUGCCCGAGGCCUUUCCAUUUCUGUGGUUCCCGUGACGGGCCAGGGAGGUAGGAGGCUGAGCCCCACGCGCUCUCUCUCUAGGUGGGCAGCACCGGGCUGAGCUGGGCCUCUGGUAGCCCCCAGAGCCCGGCCCUAGCCAGGGUCACUGUGGACAGAGCUGCACGGAUUGGCCCUUAGGAGACUUCUGCCCUCUCUGGAAGGAGCCUGAUCUGGCUCUGGCUUUAAUUGGCUGUGUGACCUUCAGCAAGUCACUCAGCUUCUCUGGGCCCCUGGUGGGAAAACGAGGUCUCAGGUUCUCUGGGCCGUGCUCACCACCCGAGGCCACCGGCUUUGUUCAGCCUGGGCCUCCGUCACGGCCCGCGUGCCCAGGUGGUCCAUCCAGCCAGAGGCCGCUGCUGGCGGGGCUGGGUGGAGCCGGGGACUGAGUGGGCUUCCACUUCCUUGCUGCCUCCUCAAAGGUGCUGUCACCUCCCCUCUCUGAGCCUCAAUGUCCUCCACUGGGGAAGGGACGGCCUCAGGCCCUCCUCGCAGGGCUCGGGAUCAAACGAGACCUUCGGUGUAAAUGACCGUGUACAAACUAUAGAGUGUGAUAGAGAAACGUUGAAAUGGUGGGGAAGGUGAGGCCCAGAGGGUGGGUGAUCGGGGGCACAUUACAGAUGAGCUCCCGGAUGCUGGGAGGUGGGUGGGCCACCGUGAAUGCUGUUGGCACUCGCCCUGACGGCCACUCGGUCCCUCCCUCCUCCUCCACUGUCCGGUGGUGCUCAGCUCCGUGCCGCAAGCACUUGAAGAGCCCAGAAGAUGGCUUUUGCAGCAGGCAGGCCUCGUCCAGGCCCGCAUGACGGACGGGGGCCAGGCGAGGGGGUGGGGGAGGCCACCCUGUUCCUAGAGCCCCAGCGGGAACUCUGCGCCGUUCCCGCCAUCUGUCGGCCAUCGGCGCCCUUGGGUCGGUCGUACACUCUCAGGGGAAAGGCUCGCAGCCCUCAUUGUGCCCAGGGAGUGCUAAGUGGGUGCUGGUGACGGCGACAGGCAUGUUCCUCUUGCCCUGGGUGUUACAGGGAGCUCUGGGCUCUUCCUGGAGGGAGCUUGCCAGCAGGUCAGGUGGUGAGCUACCUGUCACUAGGGGUAUGCAUUUGAAGCUGGGGAACACCCUUGGUCAUGGUACCAGGCAAUUCUUGCCCUAGUGGGCAGUGAGCUGGGGGGCAGAAGCCCCCCUCUGGAUCUUGGGAGUCCAAAGAACCACAGAGCAGCCCGGGGGGGCGGGGGAUGGGUCCAUUUUGUGUGGAAGCCACACCUGGGAGCCCAGUUGUCAUGUCUGGAUCAGGUUGGCUUGGCCAUCACUGAAAAUAAGCAAUAAGUAAGGGCUCCUGGUAUCUGCAGAUCUGCAAACUGACCCAGGGAAGAACAGCUUUGACGGGACCGUCCCCGCUCCGGAAGGAAGUGACCCUGUCCCUCAUGCUGUGGUGCCGUUCAGGGGUCAGGUGGAGUGUUUCUGCCUGGACCCUCCUGUGCCCCAUGGAGGCAGCAGAACCAGGCGCAGACCCACCGCUGCUCGUGUUCCUGAGCCAAGUGCAUGGGGAUGGCUUUCAAGGAUAGAACUGUACCUGUGACAGUCAUCUAACGUAAUAAGCUGUUAAAAAAAAAAAAAAAAAAAAAGCCAGCAGCACCCCUGCCUGACCCCACGGGGCAGGGGGUGGGUGGGUGCAGUGGGAGCCCACAGGCUGGGAAGGGUCAGAGGAGCCUCACGACAGGGGCGGCCAGGGGCCAGGUGAGCACGAGUCCCAGCCCUGCCAGCAAUGCGGACGUGUGUCUGGUGACAUCGGGUGACCCUCCUCCCCUCCGGAGCCUUAGCUGUAGAAGCUCAUGGUGGGGGGAGGGGUGUUGCUGAACUUGGUGCCCUUUCAUAAAGGUCCCUUUACGUUUCAGAUACUCUGAUUCUAGAUCUUGAAGCCCCGUGUGACACCUGGACUGGGGCUUCAGUUCCCACUGUGAUGGAUGUCACCCUUCCAGCCUCACGCCAGGUGGCCAAGCCCAUCCUGGGAUCAGAAUCUGCUGAGCACAUUUUUUUUAGGGUGGCACAUUUUUAUCCAAAAGUUACUAGCUACACAUCAGUGUUUAAAGAGAAAAAAGUGACCUUUCAUUUUUUUUUUCUUGGAAACUUGAGAGGAAACAAAAUACAUACUACUGAUUUUUUUUUUUUUUUAAGAAACAAGCUAAAUGCAUGACUGCAGAGCGGUAGAGGUGUAUAUUUUUCAUACUGUAGGGGGGAGUAUUUGUGCUGCUUUCUGGACUUGGGCUGGAAUGUUCGGUUCCUGGCCCCGGGCCGUCAGCCAUGCUGUUUUCCAUGGUGGGUGACUGCCGUGGGAACCGGGGCCAGCCCCUCGCCCGGCUCCAGGAGGAGCUGGGAGCUGUGGACCCCUGUGCCCGUUUCUACCUUCCACUGAACCACUUUGAUUUGGGGAGAGAAAAAGAGAUAGAACUUUUGAUAGUGUGGUAAAAACAUUGAUUUGAACUAUUUUAGUAAAAGGAGGAACAGAAGAUUGUGAUCGUGUAUACUUUGUGCUAGAUAAAUAAAGGCUCUUGG